AUGGUGAAACAGGCUGAACUAUGGGGAAAGGAAGAACAGAAACAGAAGCACUGGUGGUGGAACAAGGAAUGUGAGGAAGUGGUAGAGACUUGCAGGAAAGCCUGGAGAGACUGGAGCAGAAAGAAGGACCCAGAAAAAUUGGAAGUUUUCUUCGGAGCAAGAAAGGAAGCGGCCCGAACAAUAAGAUGGACCAGAAGAGAGAAGAUGGAGCAGGAACUGGAAGAGAUUGAGACCAACUUCAGGAAAAACAACAGCCCACACUUUUUUGGGAAAUUCAAAAAGAGUCUGAUUGGAUACAAGGGCAGAGAACUGUUUAUAAGAGAUAAGAAAGGGGAGCUGGAUGUUAGUGCAAAGGAGAACUGUCAGAUUUUUGCAGAGCACUUUCACAACCUACUGAAAUGUAAACCACCUGAAGAAGAGCUGGAACUGGGGACUGACACAGAAGAGAGAGAGCCACGCCCUCCAACCAGGGAGGAAGUCGCACACGCCAUAAGCGAUCUAAAGAAUAAUAAGGCAACUGGAGAAGAUGGUAUAGCAGCCAAGAUGAUAAAGAGGGGAGGCAACAAAGCAACAGACAACAUGACCAACGAACUUCAUCAAUAA